GGGCCGGCACAUUCCGGGCAGGCGCACUGGGCGGCGCGGGGCGGCGGCCGUGCGCGCUCGGAGCCCAUGGAGGCGGCGGGGCCGCAGUCGGGGCCGGGGCCGGUCCCCGCGGCGGGGCCGCAGCCGGGAGCCGAGGAGAUUGAUAUGUCCCUGGAUGACAUCAUAAAACGCCACAGGAAAGAGCAAACAGAUGCCAGCGCUGCGGGGGACAGUCGAAGGCAGCAGGUCAAGAACAGGAAUUCGGCAUAUGGGUACGGGCGGCCCCGUUUCCGCACCUGGAUGCAGAGGAAUUUGCAAGGACCUAACCGUUUUAGAAGAGGAUUUGGACAACAACAAUACAAUCGGAGACAAUUCAGGAAUACUGUGCCUGGUCCCAGGAGAAGAGCAGCUGCCGCAUUAAAUGGAGUGAGCCCUUUAAAUCGCCAGGCAUCAGCCCAAGAGGGCAACAAAACCAACGAUGCUUUCACCAAAAGCAGCAGCAGCGGGCAGCCAGAGGGACGGCGACGGCCACCCCCAGGCCCCAGGAGAUUCAGAGCAGCUGCUGCCAGCACCCACGCCCCGGGGAGAAGCAGGCCUUUUCUGCUAAACAGAGGACCAGCCUUCCAGCAGAAGCGGAUGCAGCAGCGGUUCUCCAAAGCCAACUUCCAGAGAAGGCAGAUGGAUGCAAAUGGAGAAGGAAAACCACCAAGGAUGAGAAGGUGGCAAGUGAAACCCAGCCCUGGGGCAGUUCUGACGGUUUCUGUGGCUAAUCCCCAGGCAGGCCAGACUGGCAUGCCUGGAUCCAAGCGCCCGUUCUUGCGAAGCCAGAGGCCCCCACCGCGGGCAGCCAAGCCCCAGCCCAAGGGGGUGCUGCUGAGAUUCAACUUCCGUGCGAUGGCCAACCAGGUAGAGGAUUGUCAACGGCACAGGCGGCACCUUGUACCCUGCAGCAGCCCUGCCACUAAGCUGUUAACAUCACACUCAGGUGUUUGGUGCUGCCAGUUGGGUUUAUCUAGCAUAACCUGAGAGGAAAGUCCCGUAGCUGUGUUGGCUAGGUUGCUCACAAAACUGAAGGCACCUGAGAAGACUGUUCAGCAACUACAGACUCACCCCAAUUUUCUCCACUGUGUUGGUCCUUCUUGGCCUGUCCAUGUGCUUGCUUGGAGCAGGGAGAUAUUCCUUGUGAGUGGUCCUGGCCCCAGGGGGACUGUUUCACUGUCAGGGCUCCCACUCCUCAGAGACACACAGCACUUCUGGGCUUUGCUCUCUCUCUGCUUUGGUGACCUUCUCGGUGCCAAUGCUGAAGUAUGGUCCAAGAGCCCCAGGGCAGGUCAGAAAUCCUGCUUCACCUCCUUCAUUGCUGGUGUUUCUUGUCUGGACGGUUUGGUUUUACUUGAUGCCUUGUGCUCAAAUGCCAUCUGCUUGCUCCUGUUCUUGCCGAGGACGCCCAGUGUCUUGGGGCUGGGUGCUGCUUGGAGGUUUUCCAGCCACACAGUCUGUCGAGCUCCUUGUCUCCGUGUGCUGAGUGGUUUAAUUGACUAACUGGCUGUGAAGCACCGUCCUGACUGAUGGGCCCUAAUCAAUACCCUGCUACAAGUUUGGCCAUGCUUUGCCACGAGACACGGGACUGACUCGCUCUCCCCUUCCCCUGCAGACCAGCCUGACGCUGGAUGAGAGGUUCUCUGGUCUGAGGAAUAAGAGGCACUUUACAGCAGCCAGGAGCGCCGGACGGACGGUCACCAUGCCUUAGCACCGCACACUCGUCACAGGGACUGCCCAUAACAGUCCAGGCCCCAUAAUGGGCAGCUCAAUAAAACUCAAUAGAUUUUGUCUGAGAUAGCUAA